CCCCACUGGGGAUGUGCCUACAACCAAGGUACAUGCCCUUGACUGGAAUCGAACCUGGGACCUUUCAGUCCGCAGGCCGACGCUCUAUCCACUGAGCCAAACCGGCCAGGGCGGAUAGUGCUUUAGAUGAAGACGACCUCAGGAGCUCAGCCCGGAGCUCGGUGCAAGCUCCGAGUGUGGAUCCCUGAAACUCUCCGUGUCACUCGGGCCUGAGCUCUUUUCCAUUGUGGAAAGGCGAGAAAACCACAAGACGCUACCCACUGACCCGGAGCGGGGGGCGUCCCCGGUUGUAUGUAGAAUCAGACCAUCGGUCACCAUGGACAGUGGCAGAUGGCGGGCGGGUUCUGUGCUUGGGGACGGAGAUGCUCUGAUCCUGCUGGGCAUCCCUCUGGGAUGGCCCUUGGAAUCCCCUUCACCAGGCAGCUUGGAAACGCAAAAAGAAACCCUUCCUCCUCUCCAACCCGUGGGAGGCGCGGUGCCUCCUGCCCAAGGCCCUUGUUUUAGGAGUAACUCUACCGAGGGAGGGUCACCCGGAGAAGGAAAGGGGCUGGAACGGAGCCACUGCAUCCCAGUCCAGGGCCCUGACUUACCCGGCAAAGGAACAGGAAGGAGCGAGUUCUCUCAUUCCCAGGCUGGAGCUCAGAGCCAGCCCAAGGCAGGGGAAUAAGAUAGUGGCGUCCCUGUGCCCACCCUGUUCUGUGCCCAGAAUUCUCUUCCUUCCUGCCCUGGCACUAGAGUCCGCCCAGCUUUCCUCCUGCCCCUAGCAGCCCUCUCAUCCUGGCGCUCCUCGCUGAGGCUUCCUCUCGGUCCCAGGCCUCUCCUUGGGCCUGAAUACCAUACCCACCCUUUAUCCCCAGCCUCCAGCCCUCCUUUACCCCACCCAGAAUCCCCAUUUUCCAGGGCCCACACAUUUGUUCUUACCAGCCUUUAGGGGCCUCCCGCUGUCCCCAAGACUCGUGCUGAAGUUGUCACUUCUCGAUGCUCUCCUCUCUCCACAAGACCUUGGGAGCUCGGGGAAGCAAACAGGCUUCAGUUCCCUCCUCUCCCAGGACCUUUCUCCUGGAGAGCCCACCCUACCCUCCGCACCGCCCUUGCUCUGCUGGACAGCAGCGAGUCCGGGUGCAGAGCACACAGUGACAAGCUGACUCCACCUGCGUCCUCGCCUGUCUUCCCGAUCCGUCCCCAUCAGCUGGCUUCAGCUUAGGGGCACCAAAGCACAGCCCGGGCACAGGGUUAUUCUGUAAGAGACCUUCUGGUGGGAACUCCCUGGGGACUUGGGACAAGGCAUUAGUCAGCCAUGAUCUCAGCUGGUCUGUGACACUCCCACUCCCAUUAGGGCCUGUCUGACAUCACCCGGAAAGGAAGUGAGGCUGAUGCAAUGGGACCAAGGCAGUUGGUAGGAGAAAGUUUAUUCAGUGCCCGACUGCCCUAGUCCAUACUCCACCUUUCCGAUAAGGAUCCAGUUCCUGGAGGAGUGGGGGAGGGGCUGAGUGGUGGCGCUGCCUCUUUGCACUAAACAUCCAACAGCAGGAAGGAGGUGCAGAAACCGACCUGCUUGGCACUUGUGGGCAGGCUCCAGCAGGAGGCAGACUUGGAACCUGGCCUGCAGCUACCUUUUGUGCAGCCUGGGUCAAGCUCAAACAGCAUGUCACCGUGGUUUCCUCACUAGAUCUCAGACGUGCGGCUGGCCCCAGGCCCUCUGCCAAGGGGUGCUAAUGUUUUAGAGGUUCCCCUUCCUCUGCCCACUGGUGGCUGGGCUCCUGCUGUGCACCAGCCCUCAACUUCUCACCAUGCAGUGGGCCAGGGCCCUUUGCCAGGGUGAGGGGCAAAGUGGGCUUCCUUCUCCAGGACACACACAGGCCCACCUAAAGUGCCGGGACUGGGCUGUGCCGCUGCGGUAGUUUUACUGUGAGCGAGAGUCCUUUCCAAUGUCCCUUUCUCUUCCUGGCCCCGGGCUUUGUGCUUCAGUGCCUUGGUUUUAAGGUGCCCUUAGGGUCUCACCUGGACUGUCACAGUCGGGGCAGAGAGCAGCCUUUGCUGUCUCCAUCCCUGGCAUGCAGAGCCCGGAGCAGUGAUGGGUUCUCUCAUCAGGCUCACGCUUUGUCGGUUUCCAAAGGCUACGCCAGAGGCCGCUUCUCAGAGCGGCCCACCCAGGGCUCACCUCUGUGCCUGGGCAUGCCUUGCCGCAUGGGAUGGCUCCUUAAGGGUCCAUGCUGCCCCAUCUUUCAGGACGAGCCCGUGCAGUGGGAGACACCUGACCUUUCUCAGGCUGAGAUUGAGCAGAAGAUCAAGGAGUACAAUGGCCAGAUCAACAGCAACCUCUUCAUGAGCCUGAACAAGGACGGCUCCUACACAGGCUUCAUCAAGGUGCAGCUGAAGCUGGUGCGCCCUGUCUCCGUGCCUGCCAGCAAGAAGCCUCCCACCUUGCAGGACGCCCGGCGGGGCCCAGGGCGGAGCACAGCCGUGAGGCGCCGCACCUCCUUCUACCUGCCCAAGGAUGCUGUCAAGCACCUGCACGUGUUGUCACGCACGCGGGCACGCGAGGUCAUCGAGGCCCUGCUGCGCAAGUUCUUGGUGGUGGAUGACCCCCGCAAGUUCGCACUCUUUGAGCGGGCCGAGCGCCACGGCCAAGUGUACCUCCGGAAGCUGUCGGAUGAGGAGCAGCCCCUGCGGCUACGACUCCUUGCGGGGCCCAGUGAGAAGGCCCUGAGCUUCGUGCUGAAGGAGAAUGACUCUGGGGAGGUGAACGCCUGCUGGUGUGGCCAUGCCUGCUGCAGCCUUUGCCACCCCUCCUCCCUGCAGUGGGAUGCCUUCAGCAUGCCUGAGCUCCGCAACUUCCUGCGCAUCCUACAGCGGGAGGAAGAGGAACACCUCCGCCAGAUCCUGCAGAAGUACUCCUGUUGCCGCCAGAAGAUCCAGGAGGCCCUGCAUGCCUGCCCCCUGGGGUGACCUCUUAUACCCUGGGUGGAAGGAGGAGCGUAGGCAGCACAGAGGGUGUGCCGUGUGAGUGUGACAGGGCCUGUCUGGCCUGAGGAAUGAGUGUGCAUGGAGGCCCUCAUCUGGCUGGCGGAAUGAACCCAGAGAGCAGCAAAGGAGCAGGUCCCCUGUGUCCACCCGUGGGUGUAGCAGAGCAUCGCUCUGCACCCUCUGCCCUUCGUGUACUGAGUCAUGGUGGACAGAGUUGCAGCAAGGGUAGAGCAGACAGAAGUCUCCUUAAUUUGUGUCUCAGAUACGAGAAUCUAGGAGACCCAACCAACAGAAUAGGGUCAUGUUUGCAGGGAUGAGGACCCUCAGCUAUGGGGAAGGGUUGUAUGUCUGGGAUGGGGUCUCAGGACCAAUAGUGGGUGUUGAAGACCAGGCAGGCAGCGAGGAAGAAUGCAGGUUUCCCUCUGCAGUGCCCUGGGCUCUGGCACACCCUGGAGUCUGCGUGCUGCUGCCACUGCAGCAACAGUGCCUCAGUGCGCCUCCAAGGAGGAGGACCUGGGCUGGGGUCUGUGGGCACUGGCUCAGGUCCAUGCCUUGUUUGCCAAUCAAAGCCAGGGUCUUACUUGGGGUAUUUUUCAUGAUGUGUGUGAAUGCAUAUUUUGUGGCCUCAGCUGAAUGCCUCCUGUGGGGAAAGGGGUGGGAAUGACAGUCAUCAUCAGGGCCUGGGGCUUGGGAAAACUUGGCUGAAUAAAGAUUCAAGACUC